GCCACAAGGUACCUCCGGAGGCUGAUAAUUGAUUUAAAUCAGGCAGGAACUAAUUCUCUAUAUGAAGGAGAGCUGCAGAUUUUGGCUGUGACGCUGCUGACUAAACCAAAGUAUACAGUCGGACCGGGCGGAAGCCGCCCGCGUGCGCUUUCCUCUCCCCGCGCGCGCUUAUCUCCAUCCGCGUCUCGGAAACCUUCACGCACCAGCAGUCAUCCUCUAUUCUUUACACAGGGGGUUGCAAGUUUAGUAAGGCGGCAGAAAUCCAGUGAGACAGCGAGUUCGUCUUAUUCCUAGAGGAGAGAAAUUACGCGGCGUCGUUUUAAUGUUUGCACUUCAGGAGCGCGCGACUAGUCCGCCCAGAACGGGUUUGUUUCAAUGUUAAAGUCUGAGAAAUAUCUAUUUUUAUUUCCCGUGGACGAGACCGCCAGCAUCCCUGCCGUUGUGAUGCACCGGCUGGAACGAGCGAGUCUUUGCUUUCUCGUGACAAAAUCUGGACUUUCAAGAACUAAAAGAUCUCAGACUGCUCAAUGCCAAUAGCUACUUACCUUUUUGAAAUUGUUCCUCCAUCUCCCUGCUGCUAACAAGACAUUCCUUCUCUCACAUUUUGACCCUUGUUGCAAUGGAGAACCUCAGUGAACUCCAGAACCCACUGCUGGACAAAAACAGUAAGCACAUGGUUAACGGCUACGGGGGAGAAUUCCCAAAUAACCAGUACCAAGAAAACAUUAUUAACUACUUUGCUGGAGGGGGUGGAGGAGGUGAGGGUGGUGGAGGAGGAAAAGUAAAUAAUGGCAAUGUGCUGAGUGGAGGUGGUUGCAAUAACAACGGAAAGAUGAAGUCUCAGCAGUUUCUGGAUGCCACCUCUCUUCAUCUGGCUGUGGAGGCCUUCUAUAGGCCCAACUUCAUCCUGUACAAGGAGGACAGUGGCAGCCUCAAGGCUAAGGAAUACAAAACGGAGUGCUGUGAGACAACCUUCACAGAGAAGGCCAAGGAGGUGUCCAACACAACUGGAGUAGAUACGCCCGCCACAGAGGACCCUCAGACCAAACUGCUGGAGGAUGGCGACCACGUAAAGAUUCAGACCGUUUCUUACGAGGUGGACGAAGAAGAGUAUGUGGAAUAUGAGACGGACUGCUCCAGUGACAGCGAGAGUGAAGAUAACUUCAUUGUCGUCCCGCCACGAGACCACCUUGGCCUGGCUAUAUUCUCCAUGCUCUGCUGUUUCUGGCCAUUGGGUAUUGCAGCCUUCUACUUUUCACAGGGGACCACCAAGGCAGUGAACAAAGGUGACUUCCCGCUGGCCAACAUCGCCUCCCGCAGGGCUUUGUUCCUCGCUGCCCUCUCCAUCACUAUAGGCACCGGUGUGUACGUGGGCGUGGUGGUUGCUCUCAUAGCCUACCUCUCUAAACCGGGACACAUAUAGCAGAGGCGCCCUCCUGUCACACAACACCAGGGGAGCCUGGGAUCGAGAACAUCCUCCCCAGGGGGGCAUCACUGCACCUGGAGACUUUUCGAGGAAGAUUUUAGGAGGAUGUACAGCUUUUGUUUUUUCCUCGACCUUCCAGACUUUUCUUCCUAAAGGCCCUUUGUCCUCUGUCAGUUAGGAUUAGCCACAGCAGCUGGAAAGAGGUCAAAGAAACUCUUGUUUAUUCGAUGUCGGAGUCCAGUUUGCAUCCCACUGACUUGAUCCACUUCCUCGUCUUUUGACUGCGUUUGAGCCUACGAAGCUCCUACGGAAACGGUGCCCUGAUAUCGUUUUAGCUAUUGGUAACAUUUUGCGCCUCUUUGUGAAGUCUUGUCAUGCAAGUAUGCCUCCCAUAGGAAUGUUUUAAAUGCACUAUGAUCUGUGUUCUGCUCAAAACACCAGGUCUACAUUUUUCUGGGACUGACACAGUGGGGAGGUUAGUGAUUAUUAUGACCAUGUCUAAUUGUUCCAGCCAUGUUUUUAUGCAGAAGCUUACAAAUAAAAAUUAAUAAUACAUUUUUGGGAGGCAGAAAUAUCCUGAUCUAUAAUUGGGUUUCUGCGAUUUUCAAGAUACUGAUGAAAUUGCAGAAUUGGACAUUAAAAUGGAAUUUGUUCAUAUGGGGAUGUAUUUCCUUCACAAAAUACAUGUUAAUAACACUUUACAAUGAUGUGCUUAAGGAAUAAGAGGCUGUAUCCUGCCUGCUGUUUGUGUGAUGUAGCAGGGAGGAACAGAUGUCCUUUGUUGUUCCACAUUGUCUGAAGACAGUGUCGCUAAUCUCAGUUUGAAAACUUUAGAAAACUGGUUUUCUAAAAUUUCAAAAUAAAAUGUAGUUUAAAACAAAGUGAGACAAUAAAACCUGAAGGUUAUAAACUAGUCAGGUAUUUUUUUUUUUUUUUUAAGAAAACCCUCACGUAUCUUACUGGGCUACACAAUAAAACAAGCAGGUUGCCUGAUUUUGGCUGAUUGUGAGACAGCUUCAAAUCAAAAUUGAUCAGUCACUGAAGGAGCUCAUAUUUUGCACAUCUCUCGAUCCCUCCGACUCAUACGAAAGAAAGAAAAUGGAAAUUUGGGAUAAUAAAGAACGGUGACUUCAGAAUUUUCUUUUCUAAAAUGUCAUUUUCUGUAAAAUGGGAUGACCAGUCUCUGGUUCCUGUAGCCUACUAACCAGGCAGAUUGUUGAUAAGUUACUACAUUUAUCACUACAGACUAGGGGUUGUAUGAACUAGUCAACCUCACUGCUCUGUAGUGACUUUUUAUGCUCGUCAUCGACUAGUCGCUGUCACGUGAUAAUGACCGGCAAGAUGCAGUCCUCGGAAAAGACAGCAGGUGAUGAGCCCCUGCGCGUCGGGAGGCGACGCGCUGUGCCAGACACCCACCGUAAAACGGACAUUUGACCGAAUUGUGACCUUUACCCUAUUACAAUUUAACCUUCCCCUCACCCCCAUCCUAACCUUAACCAGCUUGCGCAUGCAAAGCUCUGAUUGUUGACCCGCUCCAGACAUCUGCGUCCUGAGCACGGCCACAGCAACAUUAUCAAAUCAGGUGUCGCCACCUCAAAAACAAAUUUAACAUGCGAUCGUUCAUGUCGCCACAUUUCCUUUUAUGUUUUCUGUCUUUUAUUUGUGCCUGAUGCGUUUCGCUGCUGUGGAGCGGGGCGCAUCACCUUGUCCUCUGGUGACGCACCUCACCGGUGCGGCCGGCGCGCACCCCGCUGUUUUUGCGGUCGGUAGAUCUUUUAGAACUGCAGUUCAAAGGUAAUUCAUAAGGUGAAUAUAUAUGAAGCCAUCUAGCAGGUUUUCUUUAGGAUUGAGAGGAGAUGCAGGAAGAUAAUAAAAACAGACAAGACAGAAAAAUAGUCAAAUAAAAACAAGUUAGUUUUUGUACCUGGUGGUUGCAACAAACAGACACCAUUGAAAAUAAUCAGAAGUGAGGAACAGAAAAUGAAAUAAUUAUUUUAAUGUUUAGAGCAGCAGGAACUCUGAAAGGCUGCAGGCGCACCAGUAAGUUUGCGGCCGCUGCGCAGGGGGAGGGGGGAGAGGGCUGAAGCAAACCAACCGACCCCACCCCCCACCCCACCCCGUGCCGCUUCAGGUGUAUGACAUCAUCAACGACUAGUCAAAGUCGACUCGAUUUUCAUGACUUGACAAAAAAUUAAGUCAUGCAGCCCCUACUACAGACACAUAUGGGUAUUGUGGGGACUGGAUAGUCCUUGUAGCGUUGACUUAAAAUAGCACAGAAACAUUAAUUUCACUAAUAAGCCACUUUUAGUGUCAUUGGUUGUCGUCCAAUAAUUCGUUUAAUAAAGUCUGGGAAAAAACAACUCCCUUCAAGCUUCUCUUUAGAUUUUGAACCCAGACUGAGGCUAUGAUCAAUGACCCCACCUAGUGCAGGAGCAAAUCAAAAAGCUUCUGAUUUUACCAAACGCACACUGAAAGUAGAGCAGAAGAGGUUUUUUUUUUUUUUUGCAGAUGAUGUUAUAUAAUGUCUGUUUUUGUUAACUUGCCGAUGUACAGUGUGUUACAACAGUAUGUGACUUUUGAUGCUGCUGUUACUUUUUUUUUUUUAUCAUAGCAAUGAACUAAAUCCAUGCAGCAAAAACAAAAAAAAAGUCUUGUUGAGUGCAAGUUCCGACGCCAGAGUUCAUCUCUUUGUGUUCUGCUGAUUGUGUCCACUUUUUUGUCAUAUUUAUGUUCUGGGGGGAAAAAAUUCUUAUUUUUUGUGUAAAUGCAGAAUGUAAAUAAUGCAAAUAAAAUAUGUUGAAAUGUAAAGAAAAUAAAGCUAAAAGGGAAAAUGACCUUCAUUAAAGGCAGAAUGAUUUUCUCUGAGAGUUGUAUAACUUAGAUGUUUGUCUUAAGGAAUGGAUAACCCAUUAGAGAUGAGAUGGUAUUAAAGUGAAAGGCAGCAUGCGCUGAGUCAUGGAGUGUAGGAUGUUUUGCCUGAAAGAAAAAGAAAUGUUGAUUUAAUCUCUGAUUCACUUUGUGUUUUCAGUAUCGUUACCAUAACCUUCUAUUUUCUAACAGGGCAGGAUUUGUUUGGCUAAUUCCUUAAACAAAUUUUAUUAUUAACAUUUAUAAUAGUCUAUUUUGCAACAUUUUAAUUUUGAAUAAAAAAAAUUCUUAUUUAAAUGUAACUUUAAAUGAUUAAAAUCAGCCUUCAAUCACUCAAAUUGGAGCAACUUCAGAAAGUGUCAGUUGAUGUGAUUCUGACAUCUGAUUGGGAUGCGUCCUGGUCACCUUCCUCCGGGUUUCCCAGGGAGACCCAGAACAUGUUUUAAGGAUCAAAUAUUCUCUCUGGACUGGGAAUUUCUUGGGAUCACCAAGGCUAGAGACUGCCAGGAAGAGGGAGGUUUAUUCUGUUUUGAUACAACUUGACUGUAGAAAAGUGGACAUGGAUAGAUGAUGGGUGGGUGGAUGUGUAAUAGUCCCAAGUCUUAAAUGGCACCUGUGAGAUUUCUUUGUGUAACUAUUUUCACUUCCAGUCAGUCUGAUUAUUUACCAAGCAGAAUUUGGAUCACUACUGAGUGAUGUUACAGAUGUUUUACUCACAAUGCUAGUUGGAUCCAUUCACUUACUGUGUUUUAUGCUAAGCUAUAGCUAAAGGAGUACGUCUGGGUCAGGAUAAUGACUGGGCUGGUUAAAAAUUGGUUUUCCCCACUUAUCUAACUCGGGGAAAUAUGUCAACAGACAAAAUUUAUUUUUUGGGUGGAGUCUCCCUUUAAAAUCUCAACAUUAAAAAACAAAACUAUUAUUUAACAUUUUACAGCACACUAAAUGUAGAUUUAUAUCCAAUUAAGCUUUUUGUUUUGAACAGAACCCAAAUACAAUUACAGUUGCACCAUUACUAUUACACACACACACACACACACACACACACACACACACACACACACACACACACACACACACACUAGUCUAGCAUCCGCUGUGAGGAUCGUCAUUGACUUCCAUUCAUUUUACUGACUGGAUUGUGCCUAAGCCUAACUUUAACCAUAACCAGUCUACUCCUAACCUUAACUAAAACUUAAUUCACACCUAACCUCUAAGACUAACCAGUGGAGCUCUGUAACAUUGCCUCAGUUUGCAGGUAAAAAACUUGUUUUGGUCCUCACUUUGAUGUUAGACUGGUACACACACACACACACACACACACACACACACACACACACACACACACACACACACACACACGCACUCCACCUAACACAUCUUCACACAUGCAUUAGAUGGCCGGGUCAUGAUCUCCCUCCUCACUCACGAUUACUCAGUCUUUAUCAUAUUAAGGAACAAAUCAGGACGGUUGACUUUGACCCUAGAAUAUUAAUGAAAGUCCAGGAAACCUUGCUGCAGUGGAGAUUUUUAUUUGACAGGUUUUUGUUCCUGCUUGGAAUUUUAAAACAUCUGAAGUGGAUCAGUAAUGUGAUUCCAGGCAGAAACUAAACCUGCAUCGUCUAAUUUGCCUUCGAAGGCUGCGCUGCGCCCCAGUAGGGAGUGUGUAAAUCCAGCUGUGGAGGAGCUCUUAUUACUGGAGAGUGAGUCAGUGAAAGCAUCGCAGCACAAGAGAUGCUCGUCUAGUCCACAAAAGCGAAUAAUGCUCGCACACAACAAAACCAGCAGCUCAACAUUAUCCUGAACAGGCAUGAGACCCACAAGUAAACUGAGUUAAUAGAGUCUGGUGGAUCAAAGAAAACUGUUCUCACAACCUAAUAAGACAGUGAGUCAGAAUUUAUCCAGUGUGUGUGUGUGUGUGUGUGUGUGUGUGUGUGUGUGUGUGUGUGUGUGGUAAUUUUCAUUGCUUAUUGACUGGUUAUUAAAAAGUUUUCAAGUCACAUUAAUCCUCAAGGUUGUGUUUAGUUUAACGAUGUGUUGGGUGUUUUUUUUUUCAAUCAUUGUUUAAAAGAAAUACGUUCGGUUGUUUUUGCCCUUCUCUAAUUUAGGACCCCCUAGUGUCCGUUAUUAUUUUUCUGUAGUCAAACCAAAAGUGAAACCUAUCUCCUUGCUGUUCCUUUUCCUUUUUAACACCUAAUCUAACAGCUGAACAGCCUUCUACCAGCCUUCAUUAGUGUCUAGAGGAGUGAUUCAUCACUAAAUUAAACAAAACAGCCGUGUUCAUGAUCUAAAACAUGCAGGAAAUGUGCUGAACAUCCCAACAGAGCGGCCUGCCAGUUUGAAGUUGCAAAUGCAGUAUUCUGGCCACAGAGGGUGUGAGUGGUAUUUCAUUACCCUGUAAAGGGUAAUUUUAGCACAUACUGGCUCAAGAAAAAAAAUUUUUUAAUAUGAAAAAAGUUUCAUAGUAUGGCUUUAAAAAGGCAGUAGAGCAUAGUCUUUGGGUGUUUCUCAAUGCCAAGGAACGUCGCCUUGAUGUCUUGUUCCCACCCCGGUUGCCUAGGAGAUGCGUUAUCAGGUGCCGCCUAGACUUGUUCCAAUGUUCAUGUUCUACUGAGGCCUGUGUUUGUUAGUCAUUUAGCUAGCUGAGCAAGGAUACACGGGGAGUGUCUUGUAGUCUAGCCUUGGUCAAAAAUUUCCCAGAAUUCACUGCGGUAUUUUCUAAAGGAUGGCGGAUCAGAAGCCGGCAGCUACUUCAGGGGUACAUUUCAAGUUCAAAUGUAAGUCAACUAAUUUAAAAUGUUUUUUUAGAUCCAAAGAAGUUACCUAUUGUUGGUUAGUUGCUUAGUAGUUGCAACUUCGGUGGCUAGUUGGUAGUAACUCGCUUAAAUAUUUCAUUAAACUAAUUUAUACACAAUUUAAAAAGUGAAAGCCUCGUUAUAUGUUUGUUUUGAAACAUAUACGUAAAAACUAAAAAGUUAUGUAACGUGAUGAAGGAGCUAUUCCUCCAAGGUUAUUUUACCUUUUCCACAGUUCCCUUUGUCACAGUGCCAGAGUGCAAGAAACAGCCUCAAGGUCAUGCAUUCGGUUCUAAACUGUUUACUUUCCAGCAAUGAAGACAGAAGAUGAAGUUAAAGUUAAAGUCCCAUUAGUUGUCACACACACAGGUGUGUGUGCGAAAUUUGUUCUCCGCAUUUGACCCAUCCCCUGGGGGAGCGGUGAGCUGCAGACACAGCCGCGCUCGGGAACCAUUUGAUGGUUUAACCCCCAAUCCAACCCAGGGAGGCAUUGGGUCCCAUUUUUUCAAAGUCUUUGGUAUGACCCGACCAGGAAUCGAACCCCUGAUCUCCCAGUCUCAGGGCGGACACUCUACCACUAGGCCACUGAGAAAGGUGAUGAAGACUUUUCUUUCAUUAAAUCAAAGAACUCUAUUUUCUAUAAAGCUAAUCAAAACAACUGUUAGUCAAUAAUACAAUGUGACCGAUCUGUGAAAUCACAAUAUUAUGAUUAAUAUGUUUUUAAUAAGUAAUAUGACUUAUUCUAGUCACUAGACACACUGACACACGUAAGGAAAACAAUCACAUGACACAUUGCUGUGCUGAUCCAAUCAGAACCUUCCUAGUCUGAAGCGUGGCAUAGUUUCUGUGGUAUUUAUAAAUCUGCCAGCUUUGAUUCGUCCAGAAUCAAAAACAUCUAGAUUAAUAAAACAGUUCCAACGCCAUCAAUAAGUUCAGUUCUCAAGAUCCCAUGAAGUUCACUGCAUGCUAAGUGAAGUAUUGGACCGGCCAUUCUGUACUUCUCUUUUAAGCUGAAAACCAUCAAGCUGGGAAAAAUCUGUUGUUUGUGAACCAAGCAAUGGUACCUUUCAGAAUAAAAGCUGAACUCGCUGACCCAAGGAGGGUCCCCUUUUUGACGCUGUGAAACACCUGUCGCUUUUUACCUGGAGACAAUCCAAAGACUAGUUUGUCGUACUGUCUACGCUGUUUCAUCGGCUCCAGUACCAGAGGAGUUUCGUGGACCUAGCAUCCGGAUCUGUACGGAGGUCUCACUGAGGGUAUGUGGAUGCGAGAUAAAUGGCGUCUCAUGUGUUUAUGACUAUGAGUCUCAAACUCUGAUCAGUUAGGAGCAAAACAUCAUCUCCCACUCAGACUUGUCUCUCCGGAUACGAGGGUUCUGAAUAACACUCAUUCACACACACACCAACCAUCUCACACCUCAUCUAAAUCCCUGCAAUAAAAAGAUCCAAUCUUCUGAUUUAAAUAACCCAGUGUCCAUAAGAUGGAAUUCCUACUCGAUAUGAAUUUUUAAUGUCUUAUGGUCCUUAAUUAAAUGUAAUUAACACUCAUUACAGUUAUCUCCCAUGUCACAUGACAUCAAGUGACCACCGUGGAAGCCAUGGUCACGUGAUGUAAGUCUGUUCCAUUCGACCAUAUUCUUUGACCAAGGAAGGACAGUGUUCUCUUAAAUCCUGCUCCCUCGCAAGGCCAGGCGCCUUGACACUGAGAAACACUCUUUGUUUACAAUCUCUCUUGUCCAUACUUCCUGGUUCCUGAGCCAAUCAUAUUUGAGCUUGCAGUGUAGCAAAGUCUGCAUUGGCUGCAGACUUGUGCUGCUGCACUCCAGCGUUUGCAAUUUGACUACGGCCAGCAAAAAGCAGCAGUGUUGCGGACAUGCUACCCAGUAAACAGGAGCGACCGGGAAGUUAUUUAUCAUAACCCUAAAAAGCCACGGCAUGUUUUACUCUUGGAAUGGCCACCAGCCUGGCCUCUGGUGAUGGAGAAAUGUUUCAUUUUGCAUUAUUUUAAUAAUGCUCAUCAUCUGUUUGCACUUGUUUUAGAACCUUUUAUGACAAUGAAACCCUCUUUAAACCCACUAUCAUGUUUCUUAUGUUACCCCUUCCGUC